AUAAUUUCCCAAACAGAAGGGCUUGAGCUAAGCAGAGAGGGAGAGCUGUGCAGGCACAGAGGGAGACAGAGAGAGAAUAAGAAACAGGGGGAGGCCAAACCUGCCCCCAAGGCUUCUUGGGCAUCUGGACAAGAAUUUCUUUCGAUGCCUUGAAUACUACCAGAGGGGAGCUGGGCUUUCCCCCCCUUUGAGCCAGCCACCUCUCCCUUGGCGCCUUUUUCACCGCAGGAUGUUGCCUGGGGUCCUCCUGCUGGGUUUUGCGUCCUUCCCGUGGGUUUGGGGCUCUCCGAGGUGCCAAUGCCGCUGCACCUGCCUCCCGGAGCCCGCCGAAAAGGCCCUGCAGGUCUCGCCGCGCAGGCAGAGCCGGCACCUGCGGCACAGCCACCCACCUAGGCAGAGGCACAGGCUGAGAGGUUCAAGGUCUCGCUCUGAGGAAUUUUUGCCGCAGAUCCUCGAUCACCCAUCUGACCUUGUGGUUCGCUGGGACCAGCCGGCAACCCUGCGCUGCCGCGCCGCUGGGAACCCAGUGCCCACGAUUGAGUGGUAUCGCAAUGGGGAAUAUGUGAAAACCAACAAAGACGAUGCCACCUCCCAGCGCACUCUCCUGCUCGAUGGAUCCCUCUUCUUCCUCCGCCUCAGCCAGAAGAAAGGAAAAUCGGACGAAGGGAUAUACAGCUGCCUGGCCAGAAACCAUCUUGGUACAGCUGUGAGUAAGAAUGCUUCACUUUAUGUAGAAGCACUUCAGGAAGAGUUUCGGCUUCAUCCCAGUGACUUGACGGUAACAACUGGAGAACGUUUCUUGCUAGAGUGCAUGCCCCCAAAGGGACAUCCUGAGCCAGUCAUCUCAUGGAAGAAGAAUGGAGUUCCAAUAAAUGUGGAAAGUGGUCAUUAUGAGGUUGCCAAAGGAAGGCUUCUGGUGUCCCAUGCUCUGAGGAGUGAUUCAGGAACAUACAUUUGUAUGGCCAGCAACCAAGCAGGAGAGAGAGCUAGCAGAGAAGCAGUGGUCUCUGUCUGGGAAAAACCAACAUUCAGCCGACGACCUAAUGAUGUUCAAGCCAAACCUGGCAGCACGGUGCAGUUCAUGUGUGGGAUCCAUGGAGACCCAACCCCAGUGGCACAAUGGCACAAGGAGGAUGGAGACCUGCCUGCAGGAAGGUAUGAAGUAAGCCAAGAAAACAUCCUUCAGAUUCACGAGCUGACAAUAAAUGAUGCAGGCAAAUACAUCUGCACUGCUCAUAAUGAUGCAGGAAUGAUCUCUGCCAAAGCAACUUUAACAGUUGAGGAUCCACUGGACACCGGUCAGAGGGAGCAGGAUGCAUCAAAAGAUGCCCCAAAGGAAGCAACGGGUGCCAGAGUUUACCUCAUUAAUGUCACUGCCGUCCCUUCUGCUCCAGCAGCCCAUCUGCACUGGAAGCUCAUCCCUACCAGCCAGAUCAAGAAUGUAGAAAGUUUUGUGGUCUUCUACCGCUCUCUGCUGCCUCUGAUCACAGAUUGGGCUGAAUGGAAUGUGCCAAGAGACCACCGUACUAUUGUUGCAGGACUUGAGAGAGGCUAUACCUAUGAAUUCAAGGUGCGACCAUAUUCAGAGAAAGGCCAUGGCUUGGACAGCAACAUGAGACACCUCUGGAUCCCAGAAGAAGUGCCUAGUGGUGCUCCUCAAAGCAUCAGCAUCACUACAUUUCAAGAUGGGAAUGGGACGGUGAUAAUUCACUGGGCACCUCCUCCACAUGAAACACACAAUGGCAUCAUUAAAGCCUACCAGGUCUGGGUCUUGGGCAAUGAAACUCAUCAUGGAUUCAAUAAGACAGUCGAUGCAGGAACACAUAGCCUGGAAGCAACGGGACUGAUUAACAGACUAAAGUACUGCGUCCAAGUAGCAGCAGUCAACGGAGCAGGAAUUGGCAUGGCUAGUAAUCCAGUAUGCAGUGCAGCAGAGUCUUCAGUGGGGAAGAUGGCAAAGACCUCAGACACCUUGGCCAGCAAUUACAUCCUGGAAGUGGUGCGCCAGCCUGUCUUCAUUGCCAGCAUGGGCUCGGCUCUCUGGAUCAUGCUGAUGGUGCUGGCUGUUUACGUUUGCCAGCAGGAAGCCAGGCAAUACAGUGCAAGGCGGCAGUAUGCCCUUGGUGAAGGUUUAUAUAGGAAUGCAAGUGAUGACACCAUCAUCAAACACAGGGUGGAUUCCAGUGAUUCUCCUUGGCUUUCAAACACUUGGAAAUCAACAUCAGGUUCUAAGAAUUACAGCACCAGCAGCAGCUUGAGUAGCCAGCUUCUGUGGACAGAGCCCAAAGACAGCCAGGAAUUGCACAAAUCUACAGUAUCCUUUGACAGACAGAGCCAAGGUUCUCACAGCCAGACAGUCCCUUUGGUGCCUGACAGCAGGAACAGCAGCUUGUAUGGAGCCCUGUAUGUGGACCUUCCAGCAAAAGACCCCAAAACCUUCUAUGGCACUUCGCUGCCACCUCCCCUUUCCAGCUCCAGCCUGCCUACUAUGGAAACAACACAAGCUGCUGGCCAGAGCCUCACCACACUUUGUGCCCCGAACUUGGGGGUGAAUAACACUGAUGUCAGGGGAAGAGCUCAAAAAGAGUCCUGGAAGACAGCUGCUCUUCUGCCCCCAAAUCUCAUAAUCCAGGGACCCUGGGAUAAAUACAGCAAGAAAGAGCUGCAGCAAGUGCAUAGCACUCCCAUGCCACUGCCCAGCUUCUCAGGAGACUGGAACCAUCAAGGCAUCCAAGGCAGCAGUCCCAGCUCAAGAAAGCAACAAAGACUCCAUGGGGAAACUAAAAAGGUAGUGAAAAAAAACCACAGCUCCCCAAGGUUUUUGCAGCACAGUGCUUCAAAGAGCAUUGCUGGUUUGCUGUUGCCACCACCGCCACCCAUCCCUCCAGGCUUUCAAGCUCCCCAAGAGCACAACAUCCUGCAAGAAUGUACCUGCACUUGCUACUUGGAUCCUGACAUGGAUCGGGCAUCCCAGCACCAGGACGAAGUCUCCCAGAAAGCGGCCAGUGAGUCCCGGGAAGGAAGCCAGACCAUCCCCACGCUGCCGUACAGCCACCUUUCUUCCGCCUCCAUCUCUCUAUCACUUAAUGAAGACAGAGAAACAGUCCUCACCCCAGAAGACGUGGCAGAGUACCUGGAGCUCAGCGAGGAAGCAGAACAUCAUAGGCAGCACAACGACGGCAUGCCUGCUACUCCACAUACCUUCGCUUCGUCUGAUACCUAUGGCUAUAUUUGCAGCCCACUGGCUUCAGAGCUGCUUGAAAAUGAUGAUGACGACCCCAACAUGGAGGGCGGUGGAGGCCGUGCCACCAAGUUCUUCCGCGGUUUCUGCCGAACGCCUUCUUCCAGCCUGAGUGAAGACGAAGCCUCACUGGGUGGCUCCCUCUUGAACGGAUGGGGCUCUGUCUCGGAGGACAACGGCACCAGCACCCGCUGCAGCCUGAUCAGCUCUUCCGAUGGCUCCUUUCUCAUGGAUGCCAGUUUUGCCCAGGCUUUGGCUGUGGCGGUUGACAGUUUCUGUUUUGGGCUGACUCAGAGAGAGGUUGACAAGGCACUGACAGACUUUUUGCCUUCUGCCUCUCCUCUCAAUGGACUCCUGCAUCCAUACACUUCCACAGGAAGCUCAGAGGAAGUGCAACAGAAGCCAGGCUCGCAAGCGCUUUCUGUGUGGGAGUGGAGCACAGAUUGGGUGGAUGAGAUGGAAAGCAAGUAUUCACAGGAAGCUGAGAACUGGAACAGCCUUCCCAAACUGGUAAAGGGAAGGAUGGCAGCCUUGGGAGAGGCCCAGCCCCUCACCACUUCUGCCGUACAAGGAGGAAAUGGGACCUGUGUGUCUAAUGUGAUCAACUAUCCAGCCACGGUACCUGGUGCCACUCAGCCAUCUCCAGCAAAUAUCCCGGAUCGUGGGCCAGAAACCUUUCCCGUUGUGAAUGGAAACAAGGACCAAGCAAUGGAAUGAUUCAGUGUGCAAAAUAAAGGGCUAGAGAAAGAAAACAUUGAAAAGUAUGGCAGUGAUCAAAAAGUAGUAAUGGUGUACAAAAAGCAAAGCCAAUUGUGCCCUAAGCAGGCUUCUUCCAGUAUUUCCUCAAAAGGGAUUUGCUGGGGUGAGCCAACCAGGAUUUAAACUGUUAACAUCUCCUGCUAUCCUGCCAUCAAUCAAGGAGCCUCAUUCGAUUGCAUUCCUUCUUCCAGUUACAAAGGACUUCUGUGGAUGGCUCUGGGCCAGGAAGGGGAAUGACUUGUUUUCCAACUGAUUCUAUGCCCAUCAGCAAAGUGAACUAACUCCUCAGAACUGCAACUGGACUCUUCUCUUGUGACUGCCUUAUCGCAGGGAAAAAGAAAAACAACUUUUCUCUCCUAUUCUUCCCUAACCUUGUUUAUAGUACUCACAAGAAAAGGAACAUGCCUAUAUCACUUUCUGCUAGAUAGCUUUGCAACUAAUUCAGACUAUAUUACACAGCCAGUCUGCUUGAACCUAGAAGUAAGCUGCUCAACAUGAGGGAUGUUGGGUGUUUCCAAAUCAUGUUUUGCCAGGCAAUCACCAUGCCCAGAUGUCUUCAUCUUCAUUUAAUAAUCUUCCUAUAUUUUCCCAACACUGCUUCCAUGAAGGAAAAAAAAAUCAAUUAAUGAGGAAAGAACAGCAAAGCAGCUGAUGUCUUCUGUUUUGGAGCAUUACACAUUCCCCAGUUAAAAAAAAUUUCAGUUCUCAUGACUGGAUAAAUAUGCAUAGAACUGGACAGUCACUAUCAGAGAUGGCAACUAUUUUCUCUAACAUUUCCAUCACUUUCGGCUGAUGCCUUUUUAAGGCUUCUGUAGCCUUUCCCACAACAAUUUGAUCUGCAACACCAAAUGGAUGAUCUCCGUAGCUGUGCACCAGAAGAGUAUCAUCUCUAGGUUUUUGCAUGUUAAACACACUAUAAAUGCAAGCCAGACCAGUUUUAAUUUUUCUUGCUCUCGUCGGCUGGCAGCUCUACAGAGGCCUGAUCAUCAGAAUCGCCUCUGAGGUGGAGAUCAGUGUCAGGAUAAUGAAGAACAAUCCUUUGGGUUUUUCAUUGUUGGCUUCCCUCCCAGGAUCCAUCAGUCUGUGCCACCAUCUGGGUUGCCAAUUUCCAAGGGCAUUUCUGUGAUGCAGAGGAGAAGCUCGCUGUUUCUGAUCGAAUAUUUAACCAUUACGCAAGGUUGUGAAUUCGUAGGGGUUGGAUUGGAAUCUGUCCUGCACACAAGGAAACAGCCUUUUCUCUUCAAAAAUGGAGAGAAGAAACUAUCUCCAAAAUAUAUGCUGAGGGGAUGACUGGCUAAUUAUUUUUCUAAGAUGGUUGGGUCAACUUUUUUCCCCUUUUGCUGUUUUGCAUUCUUCAAGUGAACUUUCCAUGUUGUGGGAAAGGCCUUCUUCCUUUCAGACUUCUGCUGUACUAAUUUUGCCAGAUUGUGGCACUGCUACUAACCAUUGUGUGUAUGGCCUUACUGUGUAAAUAAAUGGAAAGUUUUCCAGAGUGGCA